UGUGUGUGUGUGAGAGAGAGAGAGAGAGAGAGAGGCGCGCGCGAAUCCACUGAGCAAAGUGUUGUUAGUGAGGAUUCUCCAAAUGGAUGGAACGAAACCAGCUAUGGAGGCGACGAGCGAGGAGAAUCAGGAUGAAAGGGAGGAGAGCAAAGGUUGCUUGGACUGCUGCAUUAAAUGUCUGGGUGGCGUGCCGUACGCCUCACUGGUGGCCACCAUCCUGUGCUUCUCAGGCGUGGCUCUGUUCUGCGGCUGCGGGCAUGUGGCACUGACGAGCACCAUGACAAUGCUGGAGAACCACUUCUCCCACAUCACAGCCGACCAUGCCACCCUCGGUGACGUUGUUCAGAUUCUGCAGUACAUCAUCUAUGGCAUCGCCUCUUUCUUCUUCCUGUACGGCAUAAUCCUGCUGGCUGAGGGCUUUUACACGACCAGCGCGGUCAAAGAGAUGCACAGCGAGUUCAAGACCACUGUGUGUGGCCGUUGCAUCAGUGCCAUGUUUGUGUUCCUGACCUACAUCUUGGGCUUGGCUUGGCUGGGCAUCUUCGGUUUCUCUGCUGUGCCAGUCUUCCUCUUCUACAACAUGUGGACCACAUGUGCCGCCAUGAAGUCUCCCAUUGCCAACCUCACCUCUAUUGACAACAUCUGUGUGGACGUGAGGCAGUAUGGAGUCAUUCCCUGGAAUGCAGAUCCUGGGAAAGCAUGUGGACAAACCUUGGCUGACAUUUGCAACACCAGCGAGUUCUAUUUGUCCUACCAUCUCUACAUUGUUGCAUGUGCCGGAGCUGGAGCCACUGUGAUUGCACUGGUGCACUACCUGAUGAUCUUGUCAGCAAACUGGGCGUAUCUGAAGGGCGCGUGCCAGCAGACUCACGCCUACCAAGACAUCAAGACCAAGGACGAUGGCGAGCUGCAGGACGUGCAGUCACGCUCCAAGGAGGGCCUCAACUCAUACUCGUAAACGAGGCAGACGUCAACUUAAUUCCGCAACUAAACACACACACACACACACACACACACACACUCAACACAGAGCUAACUAACAUGGCCUAGUAGUGUGCUACAGCAACAGUGUGUUAUAGAGCAGUUACACCAUGAUAUGACAUCAGUUAUUGGUUUUACAUAACAGUCAUAAGACGUGUUUUACUCCAUGUUGGUAAGAUGGUAUGGAAAUGCAUGCAUGAUAUUCAGAAUUGUAAUUAUUUCUGUGCUUUUUGUUAAUGACUAAUGGCUAAAACUGAAAGUGAAAAUUCCAGGUAACGACUGUUGACACUGUUGACGUAACACACAACCUCACAGCACUUACUGUCUGCACUAACAUGCUACAGACAUUUUGCAGGAACUUGAGUGAACGUGUAUGAAUGUUGUUGUUUUUUUAAUACUUAAUAACGUAUGCCUGGUUUAAUAUGAAACUUCUCUGAUCUCUUUCUCUCUCGCUCUUGGUUAAUGGUUUCCUAAACAGCUUUUUUUUACUACUAACAUUUUUUUUUGUUCUUUUUCUUUUUUAUACUGGUACUUGAUACCAUGGAUAUAAAAAUGGUAGAUGCCGCAUUAGCCAUUUCUGCUAGACAUAGAGGAAAGGUUGUUGAAAGGUCCAGGUCUACUUGCAUGCAGUGUAACCUGUAGUGGUACAGGUUGUUGUAGGUUGGACAGAAGUUGUCAUAAACAAAAAUAAGCCCUGCCUGUCUUGAGCAAAUAUUUAAAUAAAUAACCACAAUUAUUAAAAUGGACAGUAAUAAUGACCUAAUAAUAAUUAUAAAUCAAGAUUUCAAGUAAUGUAUUAGUUAAUUGAUGACAGAAAAUACCCGUGAUAAGAUAUUUUAAAUUAAUGUAAAUUAGAAAUACAUAUUUCAUGUACAAUAAUGAAAAAAAAAACACGUACAACAAUAUGAUUUUCUUCAUCAAAAAACAUCAAUUUUCAUAAACUUCUGAUACUGAACACAGACUGGUCAGAUUGUUAGUCUGGUUGGAUUUUAAUAAUUUUUAAAUCAGAAAUAUUUCAACCUUGAUCUGGUCUCUAAAUAUAUGUCUUUUUUGGUCCACAUCAACUCUAAUGUAUUUGAUAUAUGUAUAUGAUAGAAAAAUUCACAUUUUCUUAGAUACGAUAAGAGUAGGGAAACUAAUUACUGGUGCAAAUGAUGACAGUGUCUUUUAUUUUAUUUUUUAAUUUCCACAAAACACAAAACGACUGCCUCUUAAACAGCCUCUUUCUCUGAAUUGUACAACAUAUCAACAUAUCAAAAAAAAAAAAAAAUGAUCAUGUGAUGCCCAAAACUAAAGUCAAAUCAAUGAACUAAACCUGAAAAGCUUAAAAAUAGUAGCACUGCUUUUAUGUCUAGCUCAGCAUUUAGCAUUUUUAUAUCUAUGCUUGAUAUGUUGCACUAUUCUGAAAUAAAAUACUCAAAUAUUUAUUCACUCUUUAAGAAUUUCUCUCCUUCAAGGGAAAAGUGUGAUUCCUGGAAAAUGAGAUUAUUAUUAAUUGUAACCUUAGUAUCAGUUUUCAGUAACAAACAAAAGCAGCAACAGUGAUGCUGAAAAUAACAGACAGACAAUUGGGUUUAAAUAUUGGAAUCAUAAUGAGUUAUGAAUACUAAAUUUAACCUAAGAUUAACGAUGAAGGAAAUGUAUGAAUCGAAAUAUGAAUAUUUAAAAAAUUAGAUAAAAAAUCAAGAAAAUCAUCAAUAAGAGGAAAAUAUUCUUAUUAAAAUCAAUAAAAAAUAAUAAAUAAAUAAAUAAAUUAAUUAAUUAGAAAUAAGUAGAAUGAAAAAUACUAAUGUAAUCAAACAGAUUAGAUAAAUCACUGCAUGUGAAAAUAAAAAAGAACUCCAGGUGGUUGCUUUUUCCUCACAUUCUCCACAGCUGUAAAUGUUCAUCCAGGAGUGAAGCUCACAUUCCCCUGCAACGACCAGCACAGAAAUGAUUAAAUAUUAAAAUCAUGUGACAUCAUGUGACAUUUCUGGUAGAGAGUGAGACCAACAUGUGUAAAAUGUCUCAUAGUGAUAGUGAAAAAAAACAAAAACAAAAAGAAUUUCACUUGCUGGACCUCCCGCCGUUUCCCAUGAGAAUAUUUCACUUUUAUAAAUAUGCUUUUGGUGGUUUUUUGCUCUCUUCUUGUGGAAAUUUUCAUGGCUUGAUAUUUACCAAGUUUUGUGAUUCAAUCAGUGAUUCCUUUUAUUAUGUGCAUAUAAACAUCAUCCCAAAAACUGCCAUGUACAAGUACAGAAUUUUCCAUGAUUUUAUGGUAUUUUAUAAUUGAGCCUUGCUUUCACAGCAUUUAUAUAUAUAGUAGUGUAAAUCUUUUUAUCGCUGGUUUCAAUUUUCUCUCUUACAACACGACUCUUCUUUCAGACAUCGUUUUUGAAAGCAUGUUAGUGUUGUCCACUCAUACAGUGCUGAAUAUUAAAGUUUCUUGCUCUAUGUUCUGUUCUGUUAAAGGGGACGUGACUGCAGGGAUGUGCCCACAAGUACUUUUUUUUUUGUAUAAAAAAAUGUGUGCCUGGAUGUUUUAUCGUUCCCUCGUUAUUGCAUGAUGAAAAGAUGAUAGUCCUCUUUUUUGCUUUCACUCUGUAGGUGAUGUGUAGUCCACUGUUCUGAUGAAUUAUGAUAGGCGGUGUUUUCCCCCUUCUCCCCGUCGUCCCCUAAAAAUAAUUAGCCAUUGUACGUUGAUGGGAUUGUAGUCCUAGAUGUUUCAUAGUCCAUUUGAUUUGAAAAGUUUUAUGAAUCCUGUAAAGUGAUUUUUGUAACCUUCUCUAGUAAAAAAUGAUAUUUUCUAUGAUCAA